AUGAGAUUGGUAAAAACUACACAUGUUAUUACGAACAUGAUCGUAAAUCGACUACAAGAUUUCUAUGAUCAAUAUUCAUCAUCAUACAAUGAUUCAAAUUAUUGGCAUGGAAAUAGUUCAAAUUCAUAUGAUUUUUAUGGUUCAACACUGGUGGAAAUUCUUCAAUUUCAACAUCCAUCUCAUAUACUUUUACAACAAAAUGGUUUUAUUCAACAAAUUUAUCUUAAACAUAAAUAA